AUGUCGGCAAUGCUCGAGCCGCUCGUCGACAAGGUGGUCCAGGUCAUCACCAACGACGGAAGGAAUAUCGUCGGCCUGCUCAAGGGCUUUGACCAGACCACCAACGUCAUCCUCGACGAGUGCCACGAGCGAGUUUUCUCGACGACCGCGGGCGUGGAGCAGGCGGCGGCGGGGCCUGUUAUGCUGGGGCUCUACAUCGUCCGAGGGGACAACAUCGCGCUCGUGGGCGAGGUCGACGAGGAGAUCGACGCCGAGAUCGACCUUGCCAUGCUCAAGGCGGAGCCGCUCAAGGCUGUCGUCCACUGA